GGCUGCUGACCGAUGGCCACAGCCCUCCUCACCCAGCCCUCCCUGAGGAGAUUUUCUCCUCGCAAGGUCACACCGUGUGCCCUAGGAAGGCUCCCACUCGGCUGCUGAACUUCCUGACGCCUCUUCUUUCUGCACAUCACUGCAGGUUUUGCAUUUACAGCCACGCUGAGUCCCCGGGGCAGUCCUGUAGGGCUACCUCGCUGACAGACGCUGCGGGAAGUGGGAACUUAAACAAAAAGCCGUGACCCCUCAGCCCUGUCUCACACCAGCUCCAGCGGAGACAGCACCUCCGCGCAGGGGCGCCGGCAGCCCACUGCCCCUCCGCGUCCGCCCGCCCCAGGGUGGGAGCAGCUCUCCUCCCCGGGCAGCGGCCGGAGCUCCCGCCUGCUUUCCCCGCCUCCUCCCGCCGCCGCGGCCUCUGACUCCGAGCCGUCCCUCAGUCGAUCUCUCGCCUCGCAGGUAUCCGGAGCGGGCGGGGCUGGCGCUGCUCGGAGCCGGGCGGGCGGGCGCCAUGAAGCGCUCUCUGUGGCGGCUGUGCCAGUCGCGGGAGAAGGCGGCCGUGUCCAGCGCCUACCAGGGCGUCGUCUGCGAGGCCGAUGCCGCCUCCGUCGCCUCGCAGGAUGUCUUCAAGGUGAUUUCAGAUGGAAGCGCCUGUAGGCUGCGAAGCUUCAUUAAGAAGAAUCGUUCUGGACUUACCAAAGUGGAUGAAUUAAAUGCAACCCCACUGCAUCAUGCUGCUGAAGGAGGCCAAAUAGAAUUGAUGCAGUUGAUUAUAGAUGAUUCUUCCUCUGAAGUAUUAAAUGUGAUGGAUUCUUCUGGAAAUACCCCACUGCACUGGGCUACAAGGAAAAACCAGGUUGAAAGUGUUAGUUUACUUCUCAGUAGAGGAGCCAACCCAAACAUUCUCAACUCCAAUAUGAUGGCACCUUUGCAUAUGGCUAUACAGUACCUGCAUAAUGAAAUUGUCAAGAUUUUGGUCCAGCAUAGCAGUACAGAUGUUAAUUUGGAAGGUGAAGCAGGAAACACACCUAUAAUAGUAGCAUGUUAUAAGGACAAUCCUGAAGCACUAACACUCCUGAUUGAAAACGGAGGAAAAAUAUGUAAACCAAACAAAACAGGAGGCAUGCCUAUCCAUGCUGCUGCAUUUUCGGGUGCAAAAACAUGUAUGGAAAUCCUUUUAAAAAAAGGUGAAGAACUGGGUCACUCUGCUAAAACUCACAUUAAUUUUACCAAUAAUGGGAAGUGCAGUCCACUUCAUUUGGCAGUUCAAAGCGGGGACUUGGAAAUGAUUAAAAUGUGCAUUGAAUUUGGAGCCCAAAUUGAUCUAAAACAGAAUGAAAAAUGUACUGCGCUUCAUUUUGCUGCCACUCAAGGAGCAACUGAGAUUGUAAAAUUAAUGAUGUCAUCCUAUGCUGGUGAGGAGUCCAUUAUUGAUGCUGUAGAUGGGAAUAAGGAAUCAUUGCUUCACAGGACAGCCUUGUUUGAUCAUUAUGAACUGGCAGAGUAUUUGAUUUCUAUGGGAGCAAAUAUUGAUAGUGUUGAUGCAGAAGGUCGAUCUCCGCUUCUGUUGGCCACUUCUUGUGCAUCAUGGAAAAUUGUGAAUUUACUGCUCUCAAAAGGAGCAAAUGUAUCGUUAAAAGAUCAUCUUGGUCGGAAUUUCUUGCACUUGACGGUAUUACAGCCUGGAGGAUUACAACAUCUGAAUGAGAAAUUUCUGCAGAUGGAACAUAUUAAAAAUCUUGUGGUGGAUGAAGAUAACGAAGGAUGCACUCCACUGCAUUAUGCAUGCAGACAAGGUGUGGCCCUUUCUGUAAAUAAUUUACUCAGCCUCAAUGUUUCCAUUUAUUCCAAGAGCAGAGACAAGAAGUCACCAUUACACUUUGCUGCCAGCUAUGGCCGCAUCAAUACAUGUCAGCGACUUAUAAGAGAUAUGAAGGACACAAGACUUUUGAAUGAAGGUGAUAAGAAGGGAAUGACUCCCCUUCAUUUGGCAGCCCAGAACGGUCAUGAGAAGGUAGUUCAGUUUCUUCUGAAAAGAGGGGCCCUUUUUCUCUGUGACUAUAAAGGCUGGACAGCCCUGCAUCAUGCUGCCUUCGGAGGAUACACUCGCACAAUGCAGAUAAUAUUGGAUACUAAUGUGAAGUGUACUGACAGGGUGGAUGAAGAAGGGAAUACAGCUUUGCACCUAGCUGCAAAAGAAGGACAUGCAAAAGCAGUAAGGUUACUCCUCGACUACGGUGCAAAAAUUCUGUUGAACAAAGCAGUAGCUUCUUUUUUCCAUGAAGCAAUACACAACAGGAGGAAGGAUGUAGUGUCAGCUGUUAUAUUGCACAAAAGAUGGGAAGAAGCUGUUCUGACAUUCUCUCACUAUUCCAGUGCCAAUAAAUGUCCUUUGCUGGAAAUGAUUGAGUAUCUUCCUGAUUCAUUUAAACUGGUUUUGGACAACUGCAUAAUUGAGUCUUCAGAGGAAAAGACAAGUCGAGACUUUUAUAUUGAAUACAACUUCAGAUAUCUUCAGUGUCCCCUGACCCUUAACAAAAAAUUAAAGGAAGGUGAAGAUAUUUUCUAUGAACCACUCGCCAUUUUAAAUGCCAUGGUGCGCCACAAUCGCAUGGAGCUCCUUAGUCAUCCUGUGUGCAAAGAAUAUUUGCUAAUGAAGUGGAUGGCCUACGGUUUUCGAGCGCAUCUAAUGAAUUUAGGCAUAUAUUCACUUGGUCUGAUACCGUUGACUCUUCUGGUCACCCACAUACAGCCAGGAAGACCUUUGAAUGGAACAGAAUUCUAUGAAGCAAGACCAUUAGAGUAUGAGGAUUCAUACUUCACAAGAGUGUGUAUGUGUUUAGUUUUAAUUAUGAGUUUACUGGGAAUUUGCAAAGAAAUAUUUCAGCUCAUUCAGCAGAAAUUGAAAUAUUUGUUGGAUUACUCCAAUCUACUGGACUGGACAAUUUAUAGUACAAGCAUAAUUUUUGUGUCUUCUUUAUUUAUUAAUACACCAGCUCAUUUGCAGUGGGAAUGUGGAGCAAUUGCUGUGUACUUGUCUUGGAUGAACUUCUUGCUUUACCUUCAGCGAUUUGAAAAUUAUGGCAUUUAUGUUGUGAUGUUCUGGGAAAUUCUGAGGACUUUGAUUCGGAUUGCUGUCGUUUUCUUUUUCCUGAUACUGGCCUUUGGACUGAGUUUCUUUGUCCUUUUGGGUUCACAGCAAACGUACAGCACACCACUGCUUUCUGUAAUGAAGACAUUUGCAAUGAUGCUGGGAGACAUAAAUUAUCAUGAUGCAUUCCUUGAUCCAUUACUGAGCAGUGAAUUGCCAUAUCCGUUCCUGAGUUACACAGUUCUGAUUAUAUUUACUUUGCUUAUUCCAAUCCUUCUUAUGAACUUGCUAAUUGGUUUGGCUGUUGGGGACAUAGCUGAAGUGCAAAAAUAUGCUGCUCUCAAAAGGAUUGCAAUGCAGAGUGUGUUCCAGUAUUGCUUUGGGUGUGAGGACUCUACCACAGAUGCACAGAGCACUGAUACAACAUUAGAGUUGGAAGUUCUGAAGCAGAAAUACAGGCUCAAAGAUAUGUCAACGCUGUUGGAAAAGCAACAUGACCUCAUUAAACUGAUUAUACAAAAAAUGGAGAUAGUGUCAGAGGCUGAGGAUGAAGACAGCAAUGAUUUAUUUCAGCACAAGUUUAGGAAAAGGCAGUUAGAACAUAGGAAUAGUAAAUGGGACACAGUGUUAAAAGCUGUUAAAUCAAAUGUGCCUAACCCAAGCACGGAAAAGAGCAACAGCUUCUUGUAGACUUCUCUGUGAUACCGUGUUAUAUUAACAUUUUGUUUCUCUUUAGGGUCAAUUCUCUUAAUGCCUGUGCAUGAUAUCAAUGUGAUACGUUAUUUAUUCAAGCAUGAAAACGAGGCCAGAUCCAGAAAAAGAUGUAGGUGCUCAAAGCAGUAUUUAAGGAGAUUUAAGCUGUGUACAUCUGAAACUGUGAUCCUAAAAGAGGCUGACCAAUCAGGAAAGUUCCUAAGUCACCAGAUGCCAACCCUGCUGUCCUAAGAGUUCCUGAGGCUUCUGUCUAGGACUGCUCCUGGAUUUGGCCCUAAUGCUCUUAGUUAUAUGCUCAAUUAUGAUUUUUUUAGUUACUGUUACAGUUAUUUUUUAGAAUUUUAGAAUUUUUACAAGUUCAAACUGCAAUUCAUCAGAUGUUUUGAGAUAGCCAAGGGGCUUUAUGUAGACUACAGCAAGAGUAAAAGACCAACCUGACUGAUCCUUGGGAAGCUUUGCUGAGUAAGGACUGCAGGAUCAGACCUGAAAGAUAACAAAAUAAAUAAGAUUACAAAAAAUGCAAUGUAGGAUAAGAAUCAUUUUCUUUUCUGAAUAACUACAUGGAAUUCUCAGAGGGAUCAUUUGGACUUGCAUGCAAAUAGCAGUGGCAGAAUGACGUGCUAAAUACUACUAAUUUACCACUUACUGUCCUUAUGCUGCUAACGUGAUUUUGGCCUUCCUGAUAGCAUGGAAACUGACAUUGUUACUUUAAUCGGCACUCUGGUUUUGUUGUUAGUUUGCUGGAUAUUCAGUGCAUUAUGUAAUAUACAGUAAUAGACCAAAUGUGCAAAUAAACAUGAAUUAAACUGUGUUUAAGCACCUGAGUAUAUUUGUUUCAAAACAGUGCUAAUAAACUAGUUACG